GGAUUACUGAAAUACAAAAAAAAAAAGAAAAAAAAAACUUUUUGGUGACAUUUGGAUGCACCUGUUUUUCUUAACCUGCAACUUAAUCAGUAUCAAGUUGUUGAAAGUUUUUGUUUGGGUGGGCUGUGGGUGCCGUUCCGUUACAACAAAGGAAAAAGAAAGGGUGGUAUUUACGUGACGAGGAGGAGAGACCUCUUAGGUCACCUACGCGUUCAGCGUCAAUACAGUCAUCCACUGUAACAAAUGAGAGUGGGAUUUCCUCUUAUGUGUUGUCAUGCAUAAUGAGCGGUUGACAACCCCCCCACACUUGUAGAGUGUGUGUGUGUGUGUGUGGGGGGGUGUCAAAAUGUUACAUCGCUAAAGAAAAUUAUUGCCAUUUUUUUUUCUUAUUCCCAUUUUUGUUGUGUCUACAAAGUUUCCCCAGAUUUUCAACUCAUCUUUAAACUUCCCUUAAAUGUUUAAUUUCUGUUUUCUAAUAACAAAUCAAGGUCUGUUUCCUUAAAUAGCAGCUUUUACUUUCUCUAAAGUGGGUUUCAGUGGAGAACUCUAGGGGAAAUUUCUAAACUGACGAGGGGAGUUUCCAUUGCAGCGGAGGUGGAGCUACACUAAGAUUUCAUCUGUCAGAGAGGGCUUGUAGUCACCAGCAGUGAAAACACAAUACCAACUUGUUGAAAGGGGUUUCGCACGGUUGUGUAGGUACAGUAGCAUUCACCUAAACUUCACAUCUUCACUCUUCAAUCUAUUCUACCAGCAAGCAAGUCUGGUUAAAAAUGAAGCUUCUUGAGUUGGGAGACUCCAUCGGCCGCUUCAGAUUUGCUCAGUCCUGUCUGGGACUCGCAGGUUGUGUGUGUGUGUGCUACUCUAUCUGCACACCACACUGGCUGAAAGACAAAAGACCCUGGUUAAUCUGGAACAAUAACAGCAGCAACCAGGAGAGGGAUGGAAACGGCAUUCCCUUAUGUGAGGAGGCAGAGAGAGUAUUUGGAGUCAUUUCUUUAUUGAUGGCUUUGAGCACCGCAGCUCUGUGUCUUGUGUUUGCCCUCUGCUGGACGUCUAAGACAGUGCACUCCUACUCCAACACCCGCUCUCUCCUCAUGGCCGGGCAGGCUCUCUUUCCCACCACCUUGCUGUUCCUCACCAUGGCCUCCACAGGUUUCUUCUUCCUCCUGAGCUGGUCUUUAUUCACCUACGAGCACCGGAAGGUUAUCGAUCAAGACUUCUCCAGCCUCGGCCUUUCCUACUGGCUGGGGGCUUUGGGUUGGAUCCUUCUACUGGUGGUGGAGACAGUGGUAUUUAUUACAGAGCAAGCUGUUGUGCCGAACAUUAUACCAGACUUAGAGAAGGCUGUGGAGACAUUGAGUGCCGCUCGAUAUGAAGCCACCAAAAGCCCUGUUAGUGAGGGUUACAAACCUGUUCACAACAAAAGCAUUUUGGCUCCUCAAAGGUUCAUGUCAGUGCCUUGAAUGCACUUUAUAAGUAAGGAUGUGGUAGAGAAUCCAUCUAGCUUGGUAAAACAGCUAGAUUGAGGGCUGUCAGCUCCAGAUUGUUUUCAGUACGGAAAGAAAUAAAAUCUAAUGACACUAAGGAACUAUAGCUGAGGUCCACACAUCUUGACCUGGAGGCCAGGUGACCUGCAACUUUUAGAUGUGCCCCUGGCUCAAACACCUCAAUCAAAUGGCUGAAUUAGCUCCCCAGCGCAGUCAAGCUCUCCAGAGUCCUGCUAAUGACCUGAUUAUUUGACUCAGGUGUGUUGAAGAAGAGAAGCAUCUAAAACCUGCAGGACACUGGACCUCGAGGUCUGGGUUUGAGGAUCCCUGAACUACAGUACUACCUGUAGAAAAGACUGCAAGGUUCUGAUGUUCUGCCUGGAGCAGAUCCAGGUGUGCACGGGCUUUUUUGUCGGAAAAGAAAAAUAAAGUAAAAAUAAACACUGUUUUAAAAAUUCAGUCAGUGACGCUCCCUGAAAGCAUCACUGCUGCAAUGUACUGGAGGAACUUUAGAACAAAUGCUGUCUUGUUUAAGAACUGUAACACUUGAUUUUGUAUAAGCACUUUCAAUCUCUUGCAAAGAACGGUGAAUUUGUUAUUGUAAGCCAAUCAAGCUUUAAAACAAAUGGUGCUGAAAAUUGUGUUGUGUUAUUUUGUUGUUUUAAUAAAAGAGAUCUAAUUUGAA